AUCUGAAAGGGCGAUUGAAGGGGGGUUUCUAUUUAUGGAUCACAGCUGAUCUGCCCUAUUCCACUAUAUAAUACCAUCACCACCAGCCGCUCACGAGGCAACUUCAACCUGCGAGAUCGAAACCACUAAGUGAAAGCGAGCAGCGUACCAUUGCUGAGCGCAACCAGGGUUAACCACCCCAGAGAGAUCCUUGACCACUACCUUGACAGCGAAUAGUCUUGCAAAGAUGGACACAAAUGGCACUUCUAUAGCUACAGGAGUUCCUAUCCCGUGGUGUGAGCUUCGCGCGUGGAUAGAUGAGCAUGAACAGGCUCCGGAGAAGCUAUCGCGAGAACAGCUCAUGGCGCUGUCUUACUUAGUCCCAUUUACAACCGAACCAGAUUUAGUCGACGGCGACUACGUGAGCGAGCUAAUGUUGCUGGCGCAAGGUCAACGAAGGACGCUCCCGACAUUCCAAGACUCCGACUCGAUUGAUGUUCCAGAGAAGACCAGCAUGAUGAAGAAAUGGCGAACUACGUGUACAGUCCCGUGGCUAUCAUGCUCGUUUCCUGUUGACGGCUUCAGCUACGCCCAAGGCGAACAACCACCGCUUUUCGCAUCCAAAAAGAAAGCUAAGCAAUACGCCGCAAAGGAGGCCCUUCGAUUCAUAAAAUCCAACCAAAUUAAACCCCCAAACACAACUCCAGCAGCUCCGGCUGUGGUUCAGACAUCACCGACCCCCAUCGCAUCACCAGUUGGGCUUCCACCACCACCUGUGUCUUUCUUAUUCCCUCCUCCACCACUACCUCCACCACCUCCUCCUCAGUUCUACCAUCCAGUCGACUCCCAGCCGCAAGAUUCACAAAUGCUGUCACCGAUAUCUCCCUCGCCACCAUCGCAGGUAGCACCACGAACUAGCCAUACAAACAACGAUUCGGAGCUGGAUGACGACGCAGAUGUAAUGACGAGAAUUAACAAGCUCUGUCAUCGGCUGGGCUUUAGCACCCCGGGUUAUGUCAUUGUUGAGAGGCCAGAUCAAUUUAGAUUCUUUGACGGCUACGCAUUAUUUCACAGCGGCGACGUUGUGCCGCGUGACCUCACUACCGUCAAUGGCAUAUUUGGCAAGAAGCAGACCAAGCUAGAGAUUGCAUAUAAGCUUCAUCACUGGCUUACAGAGGAAGACAUAAGAAGACAAAGCCAAGUGGACGGCUUAUUCGAAGGCUAGAUUAGAGAUUGCUAAGUUUCAAUUGGUAUAUGGUCUAAUAAACUCGUAUUUCUUGAGUCUCAACCCAAUCAAUGUGACUAUUUGCGGCGUUGGCCGUGUCCUCCACGACCACCGCCUCUCGUCUUGCCAGAAGGCAUCCUCAUUUGAGUGCCCUCAGGUAGAUCUGCCACUUCUUCGCCAUCCUGCCAGAGUGUUCCAACGUCAAUCUUCCGGCCAGUUACACUUUUGAAGAACCUGCUGCUCAGGACACCAUCCUCACCACCUUCAGUCAGCACGACGCCAUUCGCACUGAGCCACCACUUGUCGCCAGCUUGAAGACUCUUUUCGACAUCGAUUUCAAUCAUGAGCUCGGCGUCGGCUCGCAUACCGCUAAUAGCACCCUCCUCUGGCGUGCCGGAUGAGCAGUGGACAUGAUUGCGCGUCAUCGGUUUCAGCCCUCCUCCGGAAAUAAUAUCUUUCCAGAAUAUAAAGUAAGUUCCAUGGAUGACCUUGGGGGGGAUGUUUCCCAGCUCGAGGGUUAUCGGCUCCAUGAGAGCGGCGGCAUCGACCUUGAUGGAGUGGCCCUGGUUGGCACGAAUAAGGUAAUCCACAGUAUUUGUGCUGAGCAUCGCUUCUGUAUCUUGUGCUGAUGAGUUCUUCUCUUUCAAUGCGAAUCUUUGCUUCUCAUUCGUAGCCACAACACUCUUGACUUCGUCUAGAGUCACCUUUAAGGAUCUGAUGGGGCCCCAAGCCAAC